CAAUGUACUAUGAUCACGUGAUCUUUAUCAAACAAACAAAAAAAGAAAAAAACUAAUAACAAAUCGUCCUUGGCGUAUCCUUCCUCUUCUGCUACAGUGGUGUGAUUUUCACGUGCAGCUUAGCAUUAUUCAAGUAUUUUUAUUUAUAAAUAAAUUACAAUUAUUUAUUUAUAAUCAUGGCCAAGGAUCCAAUUCGUGUGUUGGUUACUGGAGCUGCUGGACAGAUUGCCUAUUCACUCCUGUACUCUGUGUCCAAAGGAGAUGUUUUUGGCCUUGAUCAGCCUAUUUCCUUGCACCUGCUUGAUAUUGCUCCAAUGAUGGGUGUAUUGGAGGGUGUUGUUAUGGAAUUAAAUGAUUGCGCUUUCCCAUUGCUAAGAGAAAUCAUUGCUACAGCAGAUGAGAAGACAGCAUUCACCGACAUAGAUUCAGCUUUUCUGGUUGGGGCCAUGCCACGACGUGAAGGAAUGGAGCGUAAAGAUCUGUUAGCUGCAAAUGUAAAAAUUUUUAAAAGCCAAGGAAAAGCAUUGGAUCAAUUUGCCAAGAAAGAUGUAAAGGUCCUAGUUGUUGGAAAUCCUGCUAAUACAAAUGCUUUAAUCUGUAGCAAAUAUGCCCCAUCCAUACCAAAAGAAAAUUUUACAGCCAUGACAAGAUUGGAUCAAAAUAGAGCUACUUCUCAAAUUGCUAACUUGCUCAAAGUCAAUAUUAGCAAUGUCUCCAAUGUGAUUAUUUGGGGUAAUCAUUCUUCAACUCAAUAUCCUGAUGUGUCUAAUGCUGUUGUUAAUGUUAAUGGGUCAGUCACUGGUGUCCCAGAUGCUGUUAAAGAUGAUGCCUUCUUGCAAGGAAACUUCAUCUCUACUGUUCAAAAGAGAGGAGCUGCAGUGAUCGCUGCAAGAAAAUUAUCAAGUGCCAUGUCUGCUGCUAAAGCUGCUUGUGAUCACAUGAGGGAUUGGUUCUGUGGUACUCCUCAGGGUAAAUAUGUUUCGAUGGGUGUCAUUUCUGACGGUUCUUAUGGUACACCACCUGGUGUAAUUUACAGCUUUCCGGUCACAAUUGCCAACCGCCAAUGGCAAAUAGUCCAGGGACUCCAGAUCACCGAGUUUUCUCAAUCCAAAAUGAAACUCACUGGAGACGAACUCCUUCAAGAACGUGAGGAAGCCCUGUCUGUCUGCCAAGAUUGACUUGUUGCCCAACCUACAGCUCGCCUAUAAGGGAACCUUUUUUAGUAUGUCUCCUCUCUUUGCACAGCAGCUGAGCAAAUUGGACACAAUCCUUCCAAUAUUUGCAUAUAUUUUAUCAUGAAGUUAUUAAUCUGCUUCAGAUCAUUGGACGUUAGUUAUUUACUAAAAAAUUUAAAUUGUAACAGGCUGUAGGUUGGUAGUUUUAAGUUUUUAUAUGUCUUGUUCUUUUUUAAAUUUAAUCAUUAAGUUUUGUUUAGAAAUCUCCUUUAAGUUUAAAAUAUUCAAAUGUUGCAUCUUUAAAUUUUAAAGACAAGUGUUAAUAAAUUUUAGGAAAUCUAUAUUGGACAUAUUGAGAGCAGUAGUAAUUUACAAAUGACAUAUGCAUCACAUAUUGAAUUUAAACUACUGCUGAUUAUUUUUAAUAUUUAUCUUUUUGUUUGGAAUACUGCUGUGUCAGCAAGUAGAUCCUGUUGUAGGGCACCCUUUAUUGAGGUUUGUAAUCAAUUGAACAUUUUGUAGAAAAUAAAAUUUCUCAUAGUUUUUUACUAAA